UUUAAACCCACAUGUAAAAAUCACUCAUCCAACUAUUAAAAUAUGAACGGAUUAGGCGAAUUACCAAAAUAUGAGUUCAUUUUGUCGGCACUAUCACAACAAACCCACAUAAAUUGGAAAGGAGUGACAAAUAGUUUGUUUUUGUUCAUUUUUGUAAGAGAAAAGAAGUGGUACCUAGCUAGGGUUCCUUUGUGUGAGGUAAACAACAAAUGCAGGAUUUCCAUUUUUAGGUAAAUUAAAAAUAAAAGAUGGGAAGAGGGAAAGUGGAGUUGAGGCGCAUAGAGAAUAAGAUAAACAGACAAGUGAGUUUCUCAAAGAGGAAAGGUGGUUUGGUGAAGAAAGCUCAAGAAAUCUCUGUGCUUUGUGAUGCUGAGGUUGCUUUGAUUAUUUUCUCCCACAAUGCCAAGCUCUUUGAAUUCUCUUCUCCUUCUUGUAUGGAGGAGAUUAUUGAUCGAUAUGAAAGAUGCUCAUUUGCAGAGAGACGCUUUCUUGAAAGCAAUUCCGAUGCAUCGACCGAGAAGUAUUCAAAACUCAGGGAUAAGAUUGAUCUUCUGCAAAGGAAUCACAAGCAUUACAUGGGAGAAGAUUUGGAGUCAUUGAGCUUGAAGGACCUCCAGAACUUGGAACAACAACUUGAUACCUCUCUUAAACUAAUCCGGUCCAGAAAGAAUCAACUCAUGCACGAAUCUAUCUCUGAACUGCAUAAGAAGGUGAAGGAUAAGGAGAAGACAAUAAGAGAGCAGGCUGAAUGGCAAGACCAAAAUCAGCAAGUCCGUACUUCCACAUCAUUCUUCUUUCCACAACAAGUUCCAUUUCUAAACAUCGGAGGUAAUUAUUACCAAGGUGGAGUUGAAGUAGAGGCACAGAGGAGGAAUGAGCUUGAUCUAAAUCUUGAUUCAUUAAAUCCACCAACCCAUCUUGGAUGCUUUGCUUCAUAAGAAAAAAAUAUCUCUAUUUUCCUAACAACACUUUGUAAUUCUACUUUUCCAAGUCCAUGUGAACAUCUGGAUAUUGAAUUGUGUGUGAAAUUUUAAAAAAAUUAUUUAAUUA